CACAGCCCUCCAUAGUGGCAUCCAAAGGAGAUUUAACUACCACUGAAAAGAAGAAUGCUAAAUACUCCAGUUUCCACUGGCGCUCAGUAGGGCCAUGAAUAGGGCGGAGUUUGGGACCUAGCGGUCUGGUGGUACAAUAGCGCUGUUGUGUCCUGGUGAGAGGGUGAUUUCUGCUUUUGGGAUAUUGACAGUGAGACAGAAAAGGAAAAAAAACAACGAAAAUACGAAUAUUUGCCGCAUCUCUGGACUGCUGACUUGAAGACGGCCUUGUGGAGUCUAUCGCUUUGUGCGAUCGUGCGGAAACGCUGGAUUUUUGGAUGAGAGGCAUGAGCAAGAGACAGAAGCAGCACAGUGGAGGAAAACCGUAGCGAAAAACUGCUCCGUGAAAGGAAAUUCAUUAAAGCUGCCCUCUAUGGAUACGUCAGGAUGAAACGACUCAGGACUUCAAGCAGCAGUGACAGUUCAGACAAUGAGAGUCCCUCGACAUCCUUUUCCUCUAACAAGUAUGGAAGCAAACCAGGCACCCCCGCCUCUGCUCAGAAGAAACCAGCAGAGGUGUUCAGAAAAGACUUGAUCAGUGCCAUGAAGCUUCCAGACUCUCACCAUAUUUCUCCUGACGAUUAUUACCUGUUGGCGGACACAUGGAAGCAGGAAUGGGAAAAGGGUGUACAAGUACUCGCUAGUCCAGACACUAUCCCUCAGCCCUCUGUGAGGAUAAUAGCAGAGAAGCCAAAGGAGGUCCUCUUCACCAAACCAAGGAAAUAUAUUCAAAGCUGCAGUCAGGACUCUACGGAGACGGGUUACGUUAACUUCAAGGAGCUGGCAGAAGCUAUGUGUAGAUAUGACCUGGACGAUAUGGACCUAUACUGGCUUCAGCAGCUCAAUGCAGAACUUGGGAUUAUGGGUGACGGGCCAGUGAAUGAGUUGAUGAUGGAGCGGGUGAUGGAGGCAUUGGAGAGACAGUGCCAUGACAAAAUGAACCACGCCAUCGAGACUGAGGAAGGGUUGGGAAUAGAGUACGAUGAGGAUGUCAUCUGUGAUGUAUGUCGCUCACCCGACAGCGAGGAGGGCAAUGACAUGGUCUUUUGUGACAAGUGUAACAUUUGUGUGCACCAGGCCUGCUAUGGCAUUGUGAAAGUGCCAGAUGGGAACUGGUUGUGUAGGACGUGUGUGCUUGGCAUCAAUCCCCAGUGCCUUCUGUGUCCUAAAAGAGGGGGUGCAAUGAAGGCCACCAGGGCGGGCACUAAAUGGGCUCAUGUAAGCUGUGCCCUCUGGAUACCAGAGGUGAGCAUUGCAUGCCCAGAGAGGAUGGAACCCAUCACCAAAGUGUCUCAUAUUCCUCCCAGUCGCUGGUCGCUCAUCUGCAGUCUCUGUAAACUCAAGACUGGAGCCUGUAUACAGUGUUCGGUUAAGAACUGCACCAUUCCUUUUCACGUCACUUGUGCUUUUGAACACAACCUGGAGAUGAAGACCAUCCUGGAUGAAGGUGAUGAGGUCAAGUUCAAAUCCUACUGUCUGAAGCAUAGCAAACCCAAAGCAGGAGAAGCAGGCUUGAGUCCGGCCUGUCAUAAACCUCCCACUGAGACUGAGAAACUGGGCUUGAGGGCGCAGAAGCUUCAGGAGCUGGAGGAGGAGUUCUACACACUCGUUCAUCCUGAGGAAGUGGCCCAAGACCUUGGACUGCCAAUCAACCUGCUGGAUUUUAUCUUUCAGUACUGGAAGAUGAAGAGGAAAAGCAACUUUAACAAGGCCCUGCUGCCACCUAAAGAAGAUGAAGAGAACCUACUUUUGCAGCCACAGGAGGACAGCAUCCACACACGAAUGCGCAUGUUCAUGCAUCUGCGGCAGGACCUGGAGAGGGUGAGAAACUUGUGUUACAUGGUGAGUCGAAGAGAGAAACUGAAGCUGUCUCAGAGUAAAGCUCAGGAGCAGAUCUUCAAUCUACAUGUCAAACUCAUCAACCAAGAGUUAUCUGCAGAGCCCUCUGGCUAG